GGUGGCUCUCUGCUCUUCCCCGUUGGACAGACAGCCGCAUCUCCUGGUGCAGUGCCAGCCGUGUCCCCGAGACACGAUGGUGAAGGUCGGAGUCAACAGAUUUGGCUGUAUUGGGCGCCUGGUCACGAGGGCUGCUUUCAACUCUGGCAAAGUGGACAUUGUCGCCAUGAACGACCCUUUCAUCGACCUUAACGACAUGGUCUACAUGUCCCAGUCUGAUUCCACCCACGGCAAAUUCCAUGGCACAGUCAAGGCUGAGAACGGGAAACUUGUCAUCAAUGGAAAGCCCAUCACCAUCUUCCGGGAGCGAGAUCCCACCAACAUCAAAUGGGGUGAUGCUAGUGCUGAGUAUGUUGUGGAGUCCACUGGGGUCUUCACCACCCUGGAGAAGGCUGGGGCUCACUUGAAGGGUGGGUAAAAUGGGUGAUGGUGGUCAAAA